AUGAUGGUGCCAGGAGGGUUACGCCCCAAACCGGUAGGAGAAGAAUCCGAAGAGACAACGAACGCCAAAUCUCCCACUCAAAGUCCCCAGCAGACAUCCCGAAUACCCCCCACCCCCAGGAGACCAUCACGACCUCUCCCCCCCUUGCCGCCCUUGCCCUUCGUCGGUAAAGAGCCGCUGAAGGGCAUCGGGUAUCGGAUGACCUCGUCGCUAGAUCUGCGGGGCCGGUCCGAUCUGCCGACGUCGGGAAAAGGGAAUGCAGGGACGUUCGUUUCGCAAACUGAUGUCAAGACGAUGCUUUCCACACGGGCGAGUAGUCAGAGAGAGUUACGGGCUGUGGGAUGUCGCUCGUCCUGUGUGAAUGCCCAAGAGAACGGUAAUGUGGAGAACGCGCAGGAUUCCCCAGUCGUCACCGCGAACCCUACCUAUCGCUCCUUCCCUCCUGCACGAGUCCCCAGCUCUCAACUAGAGUGUUCCGGACGUCCUGCCAUGCCACCUCCAAAGCCGCCGCGCACCUACGCCACCACCCACCCGAUCCCGCCCAGAAAUCCAAAUUCUCGGGCGUCCCAGGCGGUUCAGGACAAGCCCCCUCUGCCCCCGAGGACGCCCGUGUUCAAGCUGCCUCCUACACCCACCGCCGUAUCGCAAUCCCGCCCAAAGAACGCCCUUCCUCUGCCGCCGCGAUCGCCCGUCUGGUCGCACGCCCAUCGUGACCCUACGCGUCCGCCACUGCCACCGGGAGGAGCGAAAGGUUACCCACACGCGCCACCUCCACUUCCUCCUUCUGCGUUUGCUCGGGCUAGGUCUCCCUCCUCGUCCUCUCCCUCGUUACCUCCUCCGGCCGCUCGCCCUCCAUCCCAGCCCCUUCGCCAUCUGUCAGCCUCCUCCUCCGAUUUACGAGCCUGUGCCCCUCCGACCGACGCCCCUUCCCGUGUCCCUUCGCCCGGAGGCCCGCGCCCAUCCACCCUGCCGAGGUGGGCUUCCCUGCUUUUCCCAGGGACCCGACAGUCUACAAAUAAGAAGGAUUCGGAGGCCUCUCCUAACAACCAGAGACGAAGGGAACCACGAGGCUCUCCCGACCCCGAGGAAAGAAGAUCGCGUCCUACCACAGGCAGUUCCAGAGGGUUGGCGAGGUGUCCUUCAGCCCCUCCUGCAGGAAGAGGUCCUUUGUCAGCCCCGAAGCCUACGGUCACAUCCUACACGCUCAUGGUGUACACGGACGACUCGACGACGCCGCCAACGACCUCGAUCUUCCUGGGACCACCUGUGAUGAGAUGGCGUUGGCUAGUGAACAUGGCGGAACAAGCUCUGAUGGACGCGGGGAACACAGCGGAACACGGGCCUCCUGUCUCGGAUAUGAACAAGGCACACUCGAGGAAUUGGAUGAACAGGGUGAACGCUGGAACAUGGAACGGAACGCAGUGUAGCUCACCCACAGGAAGGGAAUCUAUGCGAGCUGCAAGAACGGCGUUGAACCCACAUUACAUUAAGGCUAUAUUAAGGCUCCAGGAGAGUUAUCCUGAAUUUCAUGGGGAUUUUUCCUUUCUCGGGUUUAAUGGUCUGCUCUGA